GUGAACUCAAAAGGAGUGUCAGGGUUGUUGUCAGGAGUAUCUCUGUGCUACAAAAGAGAGAGCAAGGUAACAGAUCAACCCCCCUGCGCCUGCCUGAAUCCUCAGCAUUCAUCCUGCAGCACACCUCCUCCUCCUCCUCGCUCUGUUACUUGCUUGGAAAAAUAAUGCCACUGACAGGCCAGGGAGGGCUUACCCAAUGAAAAAGAGGGAGUGCUGCACAAUACGAGCUGAUUGGCUGUCCUGGCCCUAAGCAGACUGGGAUAGAGCCUGCAGCUCAGGGAUUAGAGGCUUGUCUGCAUCUGUCCAUCCACAAUGGUUGUUCCUGAGUCUCAGGACAAAAUGUACUACCCUCCUGAUGACCUGAAGAGGGAUGCCCACGUGUCUGAUUUUAACUCCUAUCUGGCCCUGUACAGGAAAUCUCUCGAGAAUCCAGAAGCUUUCUGGAAAGAGAUUGCAGAUGAGUUCUUUUGGAAGAAGCCAGCAACAGGGCCGAUGCUGCAGCACAACUUUGAUGUGACAAAAGGGAACAUUUAUAUCAGAUGCAUGGAAGGGGCCAAAACCAACAUGUGCUAUAAUGUUCUGGACAGGCUGGUGAGGGACAGGAACCUGGGUGAAAAGGUUGCCUUUUACUGGGAGGGGAACUCCCCUGACCACCACACGGCCAUCACCUACCGCCAGCUGCUGAACCAGGUGUGCCGCUGUUCUAAUGUCCUCAAGAAGAUGGGUGUAAAAAAAGGAGACAGAGUGUCCAUCUACCUUCCCAUGAUCCCAGAGCUGGUCGUCACCAUGUUGGCCUGUGCAAGGAUAGGUGCUGUUCACUCCAUUGUGUUUGCAGGUUUCUCCUCUGAGUCUCUGUCUGAGAGGAUCAUGGACGCACAGAGCUGCAUCCUGGUGACAGCAGAUGGUGUUUAUAGAGGAGAGAAGCUGAUCAACCUGAAACAGAUCACAGACGAUGCUCUGGAGAAGUGCAGAGAAAAAGAAUCAUCUAGUGUCACUAAAUGCCUCGUCGUCAAACACCACGCGCUGAGAACAAGAAGCGGAGCUGCAUGCAACAAACUACAGACCCCCUGGGACUCGGAGUGCGACAUGUGGUGGGACGAGGCGAUGAGAGAAUCUCCUGAAGAGUGUGAGCCUGAGUGGUUGGAUGCUGAGGACCCGCUGUUCAUCCUCCACACCAGCGGCUCCACCGGCAAACCAAAGGGUGUUCUCCACACUGUUGCCGGGUAUCUGCUCUACACGUCGCUGACCUUCAAGUACGUUUUCGAUCAUCACCAUGACGACGUGUACUGGUGUACCGCAGACAUAGGCUGGAUCACCGGCCACUCCUACAUCACCUACGGGCCUCUUGCAAACGGUGCUACAAGCGUCCUGUUUGAAGGUAUUCCAGUCCACCCACAUGUAGGCCGCUGCUGGGAAAUUAUUGAGAAGUACAAAGUGACCAAGUUCUACACAGCUCCCACAGCCAUCCGCCUGCUGAUGAAGUACGGACGGGAACCUCUCCAGAAGUUUGACCUCUCCAGCCUGAGGAUUCUGGGUACUGUUGGUGAACCGAUCAACCCGGAAGCGUGGCAGUGGUACCACGAGGCCGUUGGUCAGGGCAGAUGUCCCAUUGUUGACACUUUCUGGCAGACAGAGACUGGAGGUCAUGUUUUGACUCCUCUGCCUGCAGCCACGCCGCUGAAACCUGGCUCUGCUACCUUUCCGUUCUUCGGGGUAGAGCCCACAAUCCUCAACGAACACGGAGAGGAGCUGGAGGGCGAGGCCGAGGGUUAUCUGGUCUUCAGGAGGCCCUGGCCUGGAAUAAUGCGUACUGUGUACAAAAACCAUGAACGCUUCGAGAACACCUACUUCAAGAAAUUCCCCGGCUUCUAUGUAACUGGUGAUGGCUGCAGGCGAGAUAAAGACGGAUAUUACUGGAUCACAGGAAGGAUAGACGACAUGCUGAAUGUGUCAGGCCACCUUAUGAGCACAGCGGAGGUGGAGGCAGCUCUGACGGAGCACCCAGAGGUGGCAGAGGCGGCGGUGGUGAGCCGGCCUCACAAGGUAAAGGGCGAGUGUCUGUACUGCUUCGUCACCCUCAAAGACAGCCGGGAGUUUAACCACACGAUGGCAGAGGAGCUCAAGAGACUGGUGAGAGAGAAAAUCGGACCCAUCGCCACGCCAGACUUUAUUCAAAAUGCUCCUGCACUCCCGAAGACUCGAUCAGGGAAGAUCAUGAGGCGAAUCCUGCGGCAGAUCGCCCGUAACGAGAAGGACCUAGGAGACCUUUCAACCCUGGCCAACCCCAAGGUGGUGGAGGUGCUGUUCAGCCAGAGGUGUGAAGCUGCAGCCUGAACUGACAUCCUCACUCUCUCUCUUUAUGCUGUGUAACAAUACAGACAAUCACACACUCUGCUGGUUUUGGAUCAGCUUCUGUGUGCUCAUGAGGGCUCUUUGGGACUGAUUUAGGGGACUUGGAUCAGAAAACUAUACCACUGACAAUUAAAUACUUAAAAAUGUUGUUUUUUAUUGAAAAAUCUGACGUUAGCGUUGCUUUUAUGUACAUAUUCUGCCUUUUGGUUGUUGUUGCUUUGCAGUUAGGCUUACAUUUCAAACUGAUUUACUAUCGUCUCGAAAAUUGUUGCUCCAAUUCUUAUUUCUUUGUAAUGGAGUAUGUCUUGAUUUUGAAAAAUCAGCUUUGCAAAGCCUACUGAUGUAAAUUUUAAAUCUGUGAUAUAUUUCUAGGUCCUGGGAAUAAAGUGUAAAAUUUUACAAA